UUAAUUCUCAAUCUGAACUGAUUUUGAGAUACUGCGAUGGAUCCGAGAACAGAAGCUAUGGCCACCUUUGAGAACAACUCCAAAGCUGUAAACAGUGACGUCAUCACUGAUUCUACAUGCAUGAAGCUAGUAGCUAAAUUAUUCUGGUGAGCAAAUUUAAAGUGUCAUUUUUUCUCCCUCCAAUUAUUUAUGUAUAUGAAUUUUUGCAUGUAUAUUACAUUUGAAUGGUGGUGGUGGUGUGUGUGUGUGUGUGUGUGUGUGUGUUCGUAGAAUUUAUGCGGAAGUAGCUCAAAAAACACUGUUAAUUAGCACUGUUAUGGUUUUUGAUUCGAGUAAUUCUCCAUAUUUGUUGUUGUUUAUGUUGGAAAAUGAAUAAAUUAGGGAUUUGGGGAAUUGGAUUUAGGGAUUUCAAUUAGGAAAAAAAAAUUAGGGAUUAUGGCAAAUUGGGGGAAAUGUGACCUGAGGUGGAGAAGGGGAAGAUGGUUAAGGGAUGUCACUUGCAGAACACGCGUUCUUUUUCCCGUCAAUUUGGCGGUCGAAAAGUGAAGAAGAAUGGCAAAUAACUUUAGUGGUAUAGUAUAGGGACCGAUUCUGUAAUUUUCCCAUUCUCAGUUGAUAGAAAUUUUCAUUUAUUGUAAAGUUCCUCUAGAGGAAGUUUAAUGGGUCAUGAUGUAUAACAGCCUCUGUAAAUGCACUGUUUGCUUUUUCUUUCCAUUGCUUAAAAAGCGAAAGGAAAUUAAUUGGUUCUUGUCUUCUUGAAAGUGACACCACUAAGAAAACCAAAUGCAAGUCAUGAUAACGAUGAUCUAUUUAAGAGUAGGUGAUAUGCAGCGGAGAAAAUCAACUCUACUUUGUUCUAACACUACUAAGAAUUCAAGAAAUGGAUAAACUUCAGUGUUUUUUCCUGUUUAUUAUAUGCAAUCUGAUUUGCAGAUGCCUGAGUGAUGCUACAGAUGAUAAAAGGCAGGUUUACGUAGUUUACAUGGGAGCUCUUCCAGAAGGAUAUCAUUCACUUUACCACAGUAACAAGCUUCAAGAACAUCAUGCCAAAAUGCUUCAAGAUGUAGUUCCUCGUGACACUUCUCUAACCAAGGCCUUGGUAACAAGUUACAAAAGGAGUUUCAAUGGUUUCGCCGCCUAUCUUACAAACCAAGAACAACAAAAGUUAGCCAGCCAUGAGGAUGUGGUAUCGAUUUUCCCAAGCAGAACUUUGUGGCCUCAGACAACAAGAUCAUGGGACUUCAUCGGCUUAAACGAAAACGUCAUCCGAAACUCCAACACUGAUUCUUCUAGCAACAUUGUAAUAGGCGUUCUUGAUUCCGGAAUAUGGCCAGAAUCCGAGAGCUUCAACGACCAAGGCUUCGGACCGGUCCCACAGAAAUGGAGAGGAGUUUGUAACGGUGGCACAAAUUUCACUUGCAACAAAAAGUUAAUCGGGGCCCGCUUCUACUCCAGCGAUACUGCUAGAGAUACUAUUGGCCAUGGAACUCAUACUGCUUCAACAGCAGCUGGAAACUACGUGAAAGAUGCGAGUUUCUACGGCAUUGCUCAAGGCACUGCCAGAGGUGGGGCCCCCUCUGCUAGAAUAGCAGCGUAUAAAGUUUGUCAGGGGGGGUGCAGAGAAGCUGACAUACUGGCGGCAUUUGAUGAUGCAAUAGCUGACGGGGUUGAUGUUAUUACAAUCUCGUUGGGGUCUUCUGUGGCGGUUGAUGUGAUAUAUGAUUCCAUAUCGAUUGGAUCGCUUCAUGCGAUGGAAAAGGGUAUACUGACUGUGCAUUCGGCGGGAAAUAAUGGUUUUUCCCCUGGAACGGUUAUCAGUGUUGCGCCCUGGCUGAUGACCGUUGGUGCCAGCAGUAUCGAUCGUGGGAUCGUUGCUAAAGUCGUGCUCGGAAAUGGGAAAACAAUUUCUGGAAAAGCAGUUAAUUCCUUCAAGAUGAAAGGAACUGAAUUCCCUCUAGUCUAUGGAAAAGAUGUCAGGACAGGGGAUUGUGAUGAAUUGGCGGGCAGCCUCUGUUCAACAGAUUGUCUAAACAGUAGCCUGGUUAGUGGAAAGAUUGUUUUAUGUGACAGCAACAGUGGAAUAGAGGAAGCUCUUAACGCAGGUGCCCUCGGAACAAUUGUAAAACCUGGACAAGUACCCGACGUUUCAUUUGUUGUUCCAAUGUCUGCAUCAGUUUUGAUUGCCAGUGACUUCGAAUUAGUCAAAAGCUACAUCAACUCUACAGAAGAAGCAAAAGCAAUCGUGUCAACUAGUGAAUCCAUGAAAAACAGUGAUGCUCCUGUUGUAGCUUCUUUUUCUUCAAAGGGGCCGAAUCCCAUUAUUUCAAGUAUCUUAAAGCCAGACAUAACAGCACCUGGAGUUGAAAUACUGGCUGCAUAUUCACCGGCAGCUCCUGUUACAGAUUACCUCAAAGAUAAAAGAUCUGUUGAGUACAGUGUUUUGUCCGGAACAUCAAUGUCUUCCCCACAUGCUGCGGGGGCCGCUGCAUACGUAAAAUCCGCGCAUCCUGAUUGGUCGCCUUCUGCAAUUAAAUCUGCUCUUAUGACCACUGCUUGGCGAAUGGACCCUACACGGCAUAAAGACGCAGAGUUUUCGUACGGAUCGGGGCAUAUAAACCCUAUAAACGCAACAAAUCCUGGACUUGUCUACGAAACAAGUAGAGAAGAUUACAUCAAAUUGCUCUGCAGCAUCGGCUAUUCGGCUGAAUCAAUUCGACAGCUGUUCAAAGACAACAGCAUUGACUGCUCAAAGUUCAAGAAAGUUGAUUCGACGAAUAAAGAUGAUUUCAACUACCCUUCAAUGACCGUCAAAGUGGCAGAAGGUGCACCGUUUUCAGCUACAUUUUCAAGAACAGUGACAAACGUUGGUCUCGCAAAUUCAACUUACACAGCUGCAGUAGACAAAUCUUCGGACUGCAAUAUCACUGUGGACCCUCAAACCCUUUCGUUCAAACAGCUAAACGAGAAACAGUCGUUCGUUGUCACUGUUAAAGGGGAUCGUAUGAAAUCCAUGGUUUCUGCUUCACUGGUUUGGUCCGACGGCAUUCAUUUAGUCCGUAGUCCUAUAGUCGUAUACUAGAAGUACGAUAAAACAGUGCAAAUGUACAAUAUAUAAUAGAUAUUCAUGUACAUGAUGAUCAUCAGUCAAAUAUAUAUAUAUAUAUAUAUAUUUUAUUCAUCAAGUAACAUUAUUACAAUAACUUCUUUGACUCUUUUACACAUGU